UCGUCCUUCAAGACACCUUUGCUCAAGAAACUGCAGUCAUGGUCGAAGAUCCCAACAUGUUGAAGUAUGUUGAGCAGGAAUUAGCUAAGAAGAGAGGCAAGAACCUGGACUUGGAUGGUCAAGUUGAGAAUGAAUUUAACUCGUGCUGAGGAUUAAUUGUACAAAGUCCCUGAGCAUCUUAAACUGAGUUCUUGGAUGAGUUGCGACCUUCUGUUUUUCCUUUCACGUGGUUGUGGAAGAUAUGGUGGUUAAAAGGCGUAACGCAGAAGAGAGCUCUACCCAAUGGACUACAGGAAUUGCAGAAAUUCAGUUGCCUAUCGAAACAUCGAAGAAACUGAGGCGGCAAAGAAGCUGUUACCGGAAAAGAGGUUAAUGGGUCGGACCAAAACUUCUGACCUUAAUAUCCCAUCUAGUUACAGUGUAGAUUAUUUCCAGCGUGGGAGGGAUUAUGCUGAGAAACUUCGAAGAGAACAUCCAGAACUGUACAAGGACGGGAAGACGAAUGGUGAUGGUGGUGCAGGCGGCGUACCUAAGCCUGCAGCAGAUAGCAGUAAUCCAGAAGCAGGAGGAGCAGCAGCUCGCAGGGAAGCUGCAACGGAUCAGUUCAUGUUAGAACUUUUCCGGAAGCGUGAGCGUAAUCGUGUCAUGCGGAGAUAGAGGCGUCUCUCUGCUAUGCCUCUUUCCCUUUUGAAGGACGAGAUUGGUUUGUUUUGCCUGGUGUACUAUUUACUGAGAGAUGCAGACCACAUUAAG